ACUAAAUCAAGAAGACUGCAUUGUGGGGUUUGUGGCAUUUCCAGCUUACUGGAGUGACAUCCUGAUGAAUACAGCUUACUGGUUUUAUGAAGGGGAGCCUUGGCGUAAUUGGUAAAGCUGCUGCCAUGUGAUCGGGAGGUCACGGGUUCGAGCCGUGGAAACAGCCUCUUCAGAAAUGCUGGGUAAGGCUGCGUCCAAUAGACCUUUGUGGUCCGGCCCUUCCCCGGACCCCUCUCAUAGCUGUAGCUUAGUGCACCGAGCUGCCCUUCUGUCAACGCUUGACUAGUAACUUAAGAUGCUAUCUUAAAUAGGCUCCAGGAACAUUGAAUGGUGUGAGAAGGAUAUGGAUUCAAGCCGCUCCCUUUGUUGUAUUCUCCUUUUAGUUCUAUUUGGAAUAUCCGUCCAAUACCAAUGCUCUGCAAGUGGGAUUGAUGCAAACGAAACAGCGCUACUGUUAGUAAAUGCAUCUGAAGCAUCAGCGAGGAAAAUGCCGGAUACUCUGUUUGGAAUAUUCUUUGAGGAGAUCAAUCAUGCUGGUGCUGGUGGAUUGUGGGCUGAACUUAUCAGCAACAGAGGUUUUGAAUCUGGAGGCCAUAAUUUUCCAUCUAGCAUUGAACCUUGGUCUAUCAUUGGCGAUGAGUCUUCUGUGAUCGUAUCAACUGAGCUUUCAUCAUGCUUUGAUCGGAAUAAAGUUGCACUUCGAGUACAGGUGCUUUGUGACAGUAAAGGUGCCAAACUCUGUCCAGAUGGAGGAGUUGGUGUCUACAACCCGGGAUUCUGGGGCAUGAAUAUUGAACAGGGAAAGAGAUACAAACUGGUGUUUUAUGUGCGUUCACAAGAGUCUAUUAAUUUAUCAGUAGGUUUAACCGGUUCAAAUGGAUUAAAGAAGCUGGCUACUGUUGUCGUAGUAGCUGCAAAUGUAUCAAAUUGGACAAAGGUGGAGGUUUUGUUGGAAGCGGAAGGAACAGAUCCCAAUUCAAGACUCGAACUGAGAUCAGCUACAAAGGGUGUUAUAUGGUUUGAUCAAGUAUCAUUGAUGCCUAUGGACACGUACAAGGGGCAUGGCUUCCGGAAAGACCUUUUUGGAAUGCUUAAAGCCUUGAAACCAGCAUUCAUCAGAUUUCCAGGAGGCUGUUUUGUUGAAGGCGGCUGGUUAAGAAAUGCAUUCCGGUGGAAAGAAACUAUUGGACCAUGGGAAGAGAGGCCUGGGCAUUUAGGUGAUGUGUGGAAUUACUGGACUGAUGAUGGGCUUGGUCAUUUCGAGUUUCUUCAGCUUGCAGAGGAUUUGGAUGCAUUGCCAAUCUGGGUUUUCAACAACGGAAUCAGCCACAAUGAUCAAGUUGACACUUUCCAUGUCUUACCUCUCGUGCAAGAAAUCUUAGAUGGUCUUGAAUUUGCAAGAGGUGGUUCUGACUCAAAAUGGGGUUCGAUUCGAGCUGCAAUGGGACAUCCAGAGCCCUUUGAUUUGAGAUAUGUUGCUAUUGGAAACGAGGAUUGUGAUAAGACACAGUACCGAGGAAAUUACCUCAAGUUCUAUUCAGCAAUCAAAGAAGCCUACCCAGAUAUUAAGAUAAUCUCUAACUGUGAUGCUUCUGCCAAAGCAUUGGAUCAUCCAGCUGAUUUAUAUGAUUUUCACAUUUAUGACAAUGCAAGUACUGUGUUCUCUCUUGCCAACCAUUUCGAUGACGCACCACGCAAUGGACCGAAGGCUUUUAUAAGUGAGUAUGCUGUGCACGGAAAUGAUGCUGGAAAAGGUAGUCUUUUAGCAGCAUUGGCUGAAGCUGGUUUCCUCAUUGGGGUAGAAAAGAACAGUGAUGCAGUUGAAAUGGCAAGCUAUGCACCCCUAUUCGCUAAUAACAAUGACUGGAUGUGGAAAGCAGAUGCGAUUGUUUUCACUUCUUCACAGGCAUAUGGAACCCCUAGUUAUUGGAUGCAACACCUUUUCAAAGAGUCAAACGGCGCAACUCUUCUAAGUUCAACACUUCAAGCUAAUUCUUCAGAUUCACUAAUAGCAUCUGCCAUAACCUGGCGAAAUGAGAUUGAUGACAACGAGUACUUAAGAAUAAAGGUUGUGAACUUUGGGAGCAGCACAGUUGCUCUUAAAAUCUCUAUCAGUGGAUUGGAGCAGAACUCGUUGCAGUCCUUUGGGGCAACAAAAACUACAUUAACAUCUACCAAUGUGAUGGAUGAGAAUUCUUUUGAAGAUCCUAAGAAGGUGUCACCAGUUGAAACUUUGGUCAAACAAGUUAGCGAGAACAUGGAUGUUGUACUUUCACCGUAUUCUUUCACUUCGUUUGAUUUGUUAAGAAAAUCCAUCAGCAUUAGGACAACAACAACUGCUUCUGGCCUUGAAUCUUCAUUCUAAAACUAUGCAUCAUUGAAAAUGUCAGUAAUGAAUAAUAUCAUUUUCAUCUAAUUUUCAUGUAUCUUUAGUUCUUGAUGUUUCCAUUUAGUCGCUUUUCUGUUACACUUUUAAGGCGUUUGUUGUAGAACUUCUUUGAAACAGUUGGCACCUCUAUCCUUUUCAGAUAAAACGAAGCAAUUGUGCAA